UGUAGGACCCAGUAUGUCCUCUGAAGCAGAAACUCCAGUGACAACAGCUGACGGGUCGGGAAAUGCGAACACAUCGUUGACCAGUGCCCAGGAGAACGAGCAAAGGCAGUAUGAAAGGCAGUAUGAUGAUAAUAGACAAGAAAUGUGGAGCGAAAUGCACGAAAGUAGCGCCGCGAACAGUCCGUCAACUUCUACCAUCACUUACAAAGAUGACCAUAAAUUCAAAACUCCUGCGGUUCCACCACGACGUUUGAAGGAUCGACCUCACGAAGCCAAUGGUUCGCGCAGUAAGCCAAGAUCUACACUUCCGGCCGCUCUUAUUGGGCGCUUGCCAGACCCACUCGGGGAAAAUCGACGCAUUACCGACCCUUCUACUUUGGAUCUAGAAAGUCUAUAUAAAGAAGCUGAUGCAGAGGUGACGAGAGUGAACUUCAAUGGUGAUUUGCUCCUCUUGCCCAGUAUACUAGUCCAUAGUGAUUAUGUUUUUCGACAAGUUGUUUGCGCGGAGACCUACUAUAGUCUUUCUGAGGAAGCAAGAAAUCACUUAAGGCAGUUUCUACCACCAAUCAAGACGGUAGCUGAGGAACAACAUGCAUUGUCGUGUGCUUUCACUAAGCGUAUGGACCUGGUCCACGGUAAUCCUAUAGACCGAGUCCAGUCCAAGUUGAAAAAUGGCUGGUUCAAUCCUGAUCGACCGUCACAACAGAAUCAAAUUCGAGACAACAAUAAAGUCUUGUAUGACCACUAUAUACGAUUUUAUCACAUGAAUCUCCUCAACAAGCUUGUCAAAUCGCGUCACGCUGUUCUGCAGCAUUUAAUGUCGACUAGCGCAUUGUGCUCGCCAACGAGGCAGCCUAUAGAUCCAGAAACUAUGAAAAGACGGAAUGACAUGGAGAGAAUUCGACUGCGAGCAGCUAAGCGAAGCAAAGCAAUGAUAGCCGACUGUCGCAUGAAAGUCGGAGAAGCCGGCGUCUCGAGUGACGAAGAAGGUUCAUUCACUCGUCUAGAUUCAGAUGAGGACGUCUCAUUGCCAAUUAGCAAAGGAGUUACAUUGCACACUGCACGUUCUACGUUGUUUACACCAAAUAUGAAAGACCUUGAUCUGCAUCAGCCUACUCAAAUGGACGAUGUUAAAACUAUGCUCAAAAAGUACAAAAAGUUGAGGAGAGAGGAACCUCAUGCACCUAGCCUAGACAUCACUGGCAUAGACUUAGAUGAUGUUUAUGAACGAGCUGGUGUAUUGGCACAAUCAGAGAAAAUCAAACAAACGAUGGAAGCAUUAGAGAAGAAUCUCAAAAAAUAGUCUCAAUUGACUUCGGGUAGACUACAGGUUGUACAUAUUUUCUAUUUAGUUUGUUGUUGAUCUUUAAAUUUUUUCGCCCUUUCACAUUUUAUAAUCUCUGUAUCAUCAAUUUUGCAGCUUUGCUCGAGC